AUGGUGAAGUUCUUGUGUGUAGGCAUUGUGACAGUACUUGUUUUCAUAAUUUGGGCCAAAGGGUGUGCGGAGAAGAGUCUCAAUGAGGUGGUACCGCCUUUGUUGAAGACCUAUGGAGGAACCUCCAAGGCUGCAAAUGGCAUACUGAUGGUAGGGCUAACCCUCAUCGAAGGAGCUGCUGCCAAAGGAGUCUGCUUGGAUGGAACAGUACCUGCUUAUCAUUUGCAUCGUGGAUAUGGAUUGGGGGCGAAUAGUUGGCUCAUUCACCUUCAGGGAGGAGCGCGGUGUAAUGACAUCAGAAGUUGCACUAACCGUAAGUAUUCAGCGUAUGGAUCAUCAACACGCAUGGAAACAGAGAUAUCAUUUACGGGAAUACUAAGCAACGCAGCAGAAAAGAACCCAGAUUUUUUCAACUGGAAUAGAGUAUUGCUUCGCUAUUGUGACGGCGCUUCUUUUCUUGGGGACAGCGAAAACCAGGAAAGAAAACUGCAAUUUAGAGGACAGCGAAUAUGGUUGUCUGCAAUGGAAGAUUUGAUGUCCAAGGGCAUGCGCGAUGCAAAUGAGGCUCUUCUUUCUGGUGUCUCUGCCGGCGGUCUGUUAUCCAUUUUGCACUGUGAUGAGUUUCGGGGCUUAUUUCUCACAGCUACAAAAGUGAAGUGCCUGAGUGAUGGUGGAUUUUUUCUCGACGAGUUUGAUGUUUCCGGUGAACGCGCACUUAGGGAUCACUAUAGUGGUGUUGUAGGCUUGCAAAUUUUUUUUUCUCUUGCAAACCUGCACACUGAACACUUAGAGCCAGAUAAGUGCUUCUUCCCUGAAAACUUCAUUGCGAACAUUAGAACCCCGCUAUUUAUACUCAAUUCAGCAUAUGAUUCAUGGCAGAUCCCAUACAGUUUAGCUCCACCAUCAGCAGAUCCCCAUGGUGAAUGGAAGACUUGCAGAUUAAACCUUUCAAGUUGUUCUGCAUCACAGAUGGAAAUUCUGCAAGGGUUUAGGAAUCAAUUUCUGAAUGCAGUAAAACAAUUCUCGGUGUCUAAACAAAACGGGAUGUUCAUAAAUUCGUGUUUCACGCACUUGCUAACGUUGCAAGGCACAUGGUUUGCUCGUAAUUCUCCAGCUGUUGGAAACAAGACAAUCGCAGAAGCGGUUGGAGAUUGGUAUUUCGAUCGAGCGGAAGUUAAGGUUGUCGAUGAAUCUUGCCGCCGUCUGGCUCUCAAAUGAGCAUUACUGUUUGAUCAAUUGGCUCAUUAACAUGCUCAUCCUAUUGAGUUCUGCACCAUAAUACUACGACUAAUAUCCAUUGAGCUUAAUGAAAUAACUUUGCGAUGCAGUUGAAAUCAACAGAAUUCUACCAUCAAACACCAUAAUACAAAAGAAAGGAUUGUAAGAUAGUAAAAUA